AUGCUUUGUAAUUUAUUUGCUCUUUUUAGAAUUUAUCUGAAGGAUAAGGUAUAAUUUGUCAAAAAAUUUAAUAUUAGCCAAGCAGAAGGAUAUCUAUCAAAACAUAGAGAAAUUUAGGUAGAAUGGAAUUUUUGCUAUUUGUCAACAUAAUCUAUAAUUAUUUCUUUUAAUCCAUUUCAAUCGUUAUGUUCUGA